AUCUCCCUUCCGCCGAAAUGGAGCUGGACAAGUGGCCCAUUUUCAGCCUCCUGAAGCCGGAGUUCAUUGAGAAGAUGAGGAUGGCCUGUGUCUUCGGCAGCCUAGGCAACGAAGCCGUCAUAGUAACCAAAGACGAUGAUGUUUAUGCCCUUGGGUUCAACGGCUCAGGAUGUCUUGGGGUCGGAGAUCAGAACAGCACCAUGGAACCCCGUAAGAUUGAACCCCUUUGCCAGAAAAAAGUCAAAGGUAAGUGAAU